AUCCCUCUCCUUCCUCCGACGAAAGUCCCGCGAGUUUUUUUCCAGGACUGGUUUCGCGAAUUUUGAAGGAAAAUGGGAACUCGAUCAAAUUUGUACAAGAACCCUUCAAUAACCUACAACAAACAUUUCAGUCUCUCUUCCGUUCUUCAGAAUCUUCACGCUUACAACAUCGCCACCGGCAAUGUUACUUCCGACGACCAACCGCCUCCCGCUCCAACCACCUCCCACAAACGUCGCCGUCCUCUCCGGCCACCGCAAUCUCGUCACAAUCAUAACAAUGAAGUUGACGAUGAUCCAUCCUCUAUGUCCCACCACGAUUACAUUCUAAAGAGAAGGAAAGAAGUUGAUUCGUCUAAGAAUCCUGAACGUGUUGAAUUGACUGAAGAUGUAUUGGGAAACCCUAAUUCUGCUAUCUCCUUGGUGGAUUAUGCAAGUGAUGAAAGUGCUUCUUCAGAGUGUGAAGAAACUCAUACUGAUACUCUUCCAAAGUCUGGUCACAAAGAAGAAUUAAAUGGAGUCAAAAGUAGAAAUGAGCAGCGUUUUCCUGUAUCAGGGGAACCUGUUUGUCUUAUAUGUGGAAGAUACGGUGAAUAUAUAUGCAACGAGACGGAUGAUGAUGUCUGUAGCAUGGAGUGCAAAAAUGAACUUUUGGAAAUUCUUAAACUCAAUGAGGGAUCCUCCCAUGACCAAGCUAAAGAUUUCUCCUCAUCUGGAAUUAGUUAUGCCUUACCGGCUCCUGUCUUUAGUGAUGAUACCUGGGAUUAUAAUCGACAUCGCUGGUCAAAAAAGAGAUCUAGCCUUUCUACUUAUGAAUGUUGGAAAUGUCAAAGACCUGGGCACUUAGCAGAAGAUUGUCUAGUAAAGAGUAGCAACGAGAUCACAGUGGGAAGAAGUAAUAGAUCUAGCUCCAUUCCAAAGGAUCUUCUUGGACUGUAUAGAAGAUGCCACCAGCUUGGUAAAGACUUGUUGGCUGCAAACUGUAAUAUAUGCCGCAGCUCAUCGAAUUUGGCUACAUGCAUCGAUUGUAGUAUUGUUCUUUGUGAUGGGGCUGGUCACUUGGAUGAUCAUAUAAGAACACACCCUUCCCAUGAAAAAUAUUACUCACACAAGCUAAAACGUCUGGUUAAAUGCUGCAAGUCAACUUGCAAGGUCACUGACAUCAAGGAUCUCUUGGUUUGUCACUAUUGCUUUGAUAAAGCCUUUGAAAAGUUCUAUGACAUGUAUACAGCAACAUGGAAAGGAGCUGGGUUUUCGAUUAUAUGUGGUUCUAUAUGCUGUGAAGAUCACUUCACGUGGCACAGGAUGAAUUGUUUGAAUGCAGGUGUGGAAGAAAGUGCGUCUAUUGUAAAAAGCAAUGGCUAUGAAGGCAAACGUACGCAACUUAGUGAUUUUAUUUUUUGAUGGUUGAACCACUUUGGUCCUGAGUUUGAUCGAUAUUUUGAAAUUGAUCUUCAAACAUAAUUAAUGGGUGUAUGUCUUGCUCAGUUCCCCAUUCUGAGGUUUGACCGGUGGAGAUUUUAAAUGUGGCACUGUUGAAUUGAAAGUAUAGUGGUCUGUUUGGAUAAACUUAUUUUAUGCAAUUUUUAUGUAUUAUUAUAAAUUUGUCAAUGUAAUAUAUGAUAAAAUAACUUAUAAAAAUACAAUUUUCACUAGUGUGAACUUAUAAAAUAGCAUAAAAUCUAAUUUAUAUUGCAUAAGCUGUUUGCAUAAGUUCAAAAAUAAGCUAAUCCAAAGGGCCCCUGGAUCUUGUUGGGGUUAUCCUACACUGUAGUCAAACAUGUAGAUCUUGUUCAGGAUUGUUAAUACUGUUCAAAGUUUGUUACCUCCAAGAACUAGAAGCUAAAUUAUCGCAUUUGAAGUUUCACCUAGGUUUUUAGCUUUUACUUGGAUGUGGUAUAUUUUUUUUAUUCCCUUGAAUUGUGACCAAUGUUGUCAUAAUAAUCUAGUUUUUACGUCAAUUCGAUUAUUUGCCAAAUAAAAUCAUGUAUUUCAAUAACAAAUAACACAACAACUAUAUGCUUAUCAAUAUAUCUUAUAAAGAAAUAAUAUUUU